GGCCAACAUUCACCAGCAUGUCAUCUAUGCCAAGUGUCGGGCAUUUUCAAACUUGCAACGACGUGCUUGACAUGACCAACGUGAGCGCAAACGCCACGGGCGAGACGUUCCUGAGGAAGUUGCACCGCAUUUUGACCCACGAGAGCGCCCUUGUUGUGGGGUGGGAUGUCUGCGGUACCAAGUUCACCGUCAAGUCGACAGCCAAGAUGGAAGCAUCGAUUCUGCCACACUACUUUCGAUCGACCGGUGAUAUGACAUUCGCCACGUUCAGGAAGCAACUCGUGGCACAUGGCUUUUCAGUCGUGGGACAAGCACAAGACUCGGAAACGUUCGAACAUCCCGAGUACACCCGUAGCCGCACCAACGCCGUGGCGUUGUCGAUGAAACGCCGACGGCUGAGGCAACCCAAGAUAUCUGCUUCGCCGUCGCCGAUUCAACAAUGUCAACACAAUCGUGCCCGCACGGCCACCAGCGACAACUUGUGGCAGUUGCUGGCGACGGUGUGCUCCGUGAAGGGGAACCCUCUCUUUGACCCGCCCAGUUCCCACGAAGCGGUUAAUACGUUCGCCGUCGAUGGCUGGACUGAGCUGGCAACACCGGCGGUCGUGUGUUUGUGACAGCUGAAGUGUUUCGUCUUUCCUAACUUAAUGAAACCUAUUUUGGUAACUUG